AUUGAUUAAUAUUCGAGGUUCUGUUUAAUAAAGUCAGACCGUGUUUUUGUCUUCUUCGCCAUCUCAGUUUUAUAAAACCUCAGCCGUGUGAACCCCUAGCUUUCUCCUUCAAUUUCAUCUCCGAUUUUCAUCAUCAAUUCCAUCCAUUUGUUCACCAAAUUUCAUCAAUUUCGAAGAGGAAAGAUGCCAAGGUGCAAGAACCCUACCUCGCGUCAAGAAUCUGCAGCUGAAGAAGAGGACUGUCCAUGGCGUUGUGACGGGAGCAAGUACAUUCACAUCCAAACCGGUCUCGCCUUCAACACUGGAGAAUCAGUCGAGAGAUUCCACAACAUCUUUCUCCUGAAGGAGAUCAUUCCACCGAAGAUUGUGGACAAAGAACUCUCCAAGACGGCAACCUAUGCCCCGAGCAAGUCACUUUUCUCUCAGCAAGGUUUGCUUCAUUUCAUCCAUUUGAUGUAUGAAUUCUUUUGUCCAAAUCUUAUACGUCAAUUUUACUCCAAUCUUCAUACCACUUUGGGAGACUCGCCAUCUCUCAUCUCCUAUGUUGACGGCAAAACUGUUUUCGUUGACGGUGCCAGUUUGACCACUCUCUUUGGCCUUCGUAGAGGUGAAAUUACCGACAACUUGGAUGAAACAUUCCAAGAUGAGGCAAUUUGGAGACAACUCGGGUUAGAUCAUCGUGACCUCAAGUUUAGAAAUUUUAGCAACCCGAGUGUCAUUAACCUCACUUUGAUUCAACGCGUCCAGCAAUACAUCUUCUAUUAUGUUUUGUUGCCCCGUGAUUCGAACCAUGGCGUUGUCAACAAGGACAACAUUCGAUUGUUUCACGUCCUGUUGAACAAUGUCAAAUUUGAUUGGGUUCACUUCUUUCUCGUUGCACUUAGAGAUGGUACUCGCUUUUCACAUCUUCGUUUUGCCAUCCCUGUCAUGCAUAUCCUUGCUCACUGCAAAGUGGAUCUUACUCGGGACACUCGGGUGCCGGUGAAGAAGACUUGUUUCAUCAAGGACACCAAGUUCACUCGGAUUGUCUUUCGCAAAGAGAGAACCGGCGAGCAAAAUCUGGAACUAGUAGUCGCAGAUGAAGAGGAGAGCGAGAACGAAGCAGAGUCAUCUCGUGCCGGAGGUAGUCGAACCUCGGAGAAUGUAAGAGGGGGUCAGUACAACUGUGGGGCAUCGAAGAAGAAGAAGAAGGUUGGGGUGAAAGACAAAUUUGCCCAUGCUAUUGCUAGAGUUGCGGUUUCACAGAUAUUGGAGGGUAUAGGGUUUCAGAACACCCACCAGUCUGCGUUGGACACUCUUUCCGAUGUUGCUGUCAGGUACAUUCAAGAUGUAGGAAAAUAUGCCAAUUUAUGUGCAAAUUCAGCAGGUAGGAGCCAUUGUAAAUUGUUUGAUGUGAUUGAAAGCUUGGAGGAUUUGGGCUCCUCCCAGGGGUUUUCUGGUGCCUCUGAUGUUAAUCACUGUGCUUUAAGCUCAGGAGUACUCAAGGACAUCAUUCGGUUUGUGGAUGAAACUGAGGAAAUCCCUUUUGCCCGCUCUAUUCCCAGGUUUCUAGCGGUUAAAGAGCAUAAACUAAAUCCCACUUUUGUGCAAACUGGAGAAAACCCUCCCGAACAUGUACCUGCUUGGUUACAGCCAUUUCCAGAUCCCGAGAGUCUCAAUUCGGUGGAAAAGAAAGAAAUAGAUGACAGGACUGUCAUGUCCGAGCCGGUUGAAGAUAGGAGAAUUGAGAAAAGGCCUAUGCUGAAUUUGAGCCAACAUUUGGGUGCUAGUGGCCGUGAAGAUGCUGCGGAGGAAAAAAGAGUAGCUGAAUGUAACCCAUUUCUUGCAACGCCUCUGCAAUAUUGGGAGAAAGAGGUCUCCCAAGUUCUCAUUCCAGCUAGACUUUUUGAUAACACCUUUAUGCCACAAUCAAAUCAGCCAAUUACAAGAUUCCAUGACUCUGUGCUGGAAGCCUCUGUUCCCUCUGUUGAAGCAGUUCAGAGCAGGCCAACUCAUCAUGAGGAUGGAGGGAAAAGUGUUCUCGGGGAAAGGAGAAAUGCAGUGAGAUUUCGGUUAGAAAGUGGAAGAAGAGCAUUUGGUAAAGCAGCAAGCCUAUGGUCCGACGGUGAUGAGGAACUGGACUCUCCACCAAUUAAUGAUCAUGAGAAGGUUAACGCCGCGCUCAUCGCCGACCGCCCUUCCCCAGCCAUCGCCGCAGCUUUUCCUUCGCCGGUCGUCCGUCGCUCACAGCCAGGUCCAGCGCCGCCGACCAGGGUUCCCAAUCUUCGAGCCGCGGUCGUCGCCUCCACUGCCAGCGUCGGUCGUCCUCGCCAUCGAGCUGCAACGCCGCUGCUUCUCCUUCGCCGGAAGUCCGCCAUCAUUGCCGUCAAGUGCAGCGCCGCUGUUUCACCUUCGCCGGAAGUCCGCCGUCAUCGCCGUCGGGUGCAGCGCCGCCACGCCGAGCGCUGGACGUCGCCUCCACUGCCGGCGUCCUUACUCGCCGUCGAAUUGCAGCGCCGCCAGUCGCUGCUCAUCGCCGUCGAGCUGCCGCUCCGCCACUGUCGCCGGCGUCCGUCACCGUUGCCGCAUCCAGCCGCUGCCCCGAGUUGAUAUCGCCGGCAGAUUAACCUCCACG